GACAGCGUUUGAUUAUUGGCAAGAGCUUACACGUUUUAAUUGUGAAAAUUGUGUAUUCAAGUGUUAUGCACGCUUUGUAAUAAAGUCUUUACGUGCAUUUUAUGUAAGGAUAAAUAUGCAAAGAAUCAUGUUUUGUUAGAAAUCGUCCGCGAAGCAUAAUGGCCGACAUUCAUACAUCUGUUGUCAACACAAAAUGAGAUUAUGCAAGUUAGAGUGGGAUGUGAACGAGUUUUAGUCAAUAAGACUAUGAGGGUUGUAAAAUAAUGCGGUGGCUGCACAAAAUAUUGACGCUGGCAAUAAUUUGCGCAGCUGUGGGCGAGGAGUGCCCCUCCUUCUGCAACUGCUCCAGGACUCUACUAUCCUGCUCCAGCGUAGCAGUUCCCGGUAACAAUCUCACCAGAAUCACUCUAGCCAGCCACGGCACGGACCUCCAGACCAUAAUCUGGACAGACUCAACAGUUCAAGCAAUAGACCAGGAUCUAUUUCUAGGCCUAUACAACUUAGAGUACAUCGAUUUGAGCAGAAACGAAAUCAAAAGGACAGAACAUGAUCUGUUUGCAAGACUGACCCAUUUAAAGCAUCUGAAUCUUUCAAGAAACAAAAUCGAAGACAUACCCCGCUUCACUUUCGCUUAUCUAGAUAAUCUGGAAGUUUUGGAUGUGUCUCACAACGAACUCCACGUAAUACCAUUCCAGGUCUUCGGGCCACUGACUAGGUUAAAAUAUUUGGAUAUAUCGCAUAAUAAAAUAGCAACUUUCUUAGAUUAUUUUUUUAAGCCUAAUCGCCAACUGAAACAACUGUUCCUAAAUAAUAAUAGCAUAGUCGAAAUAACUUCUAAAGCUCUAGUCAACUUGAGGGAAUUGGAGAUUCUCGAUCUAUCCGGUAACAAAUUAGAUUAUUUACCUAAGUCUAUUUUUGAUAGUUUUGAUGAACUAACCGAUCUGAAUCUUAGCUACAAUAACUACCAAAACAUAUCACAUGAUGCUUUUAAGAAUUUAAAUAAGUUGAAGUGGCUGAAUUUGGGCGGAACUAGGCUUAAAAUGUUGCCGGCGGCGCUCUUCCAACAUAAUGAAAAUUUGCAAACGUUCUACCUCGACAACACUCAAGUGACCGUUAUACAAAAUACGAAUUUUAAGGGUUUGAUUAAUUUACAGCGACUUUUUAUUAGAAACAAUUCUUUUUUAAGAGAAAUCGAAACGUUCGUUUUCGAUGAUACACCAUCAAUAACCCAUUUGGAUAUAAGUGGCAACGACUUGACGUUUUUACCUCUAACAUUAGAGAAGUUAGAUAAAUUACAAUCUCUAAGUAUGAGCAGAAAUCCGUGGGCUUGCGACUGUCGUAUGGCAUGGUUUGCUGCCUGGGCCGACAAGAGGAAAGAAAUCAUCAAAUCCGACCUAAGCUGCAGGCGAGCAUACCCCGAUGACAUGUUAAGAACGCUAAACCACACUAACUGCAAACCGCCACUAUUGAUCAUGAGUAGCCCACUGACUUUAUAUAGAUUGCAGACAGACGCGUUACUCGAAUGUAGAUUCGAUGGUAACCCCGCCCCAUCGAUCACUUGGAUUACACCAACCAGGGACGUCUAUCAUUGGAAUCCGAACCCGCUCAUUCCGGACAUAUUUCACAAACAUGGAGUUGCCCAUGAUAAGUACUACCGGCCCAUAGACAACGGAAAAUCACGAGUGAGGGUGCUGGAAGAUGGCACAUUAUUUAUUGGCAAUAUACACAGAGAAGAUACUGGAACCUAUCUGUGCUACGCCACAAACCCUUCGGCAAAUUUGACCGCCGAAGUUACUUUGAACAUCGAUCCAAUGACCAUGUUUGAAAUAAAGAUGUACAGCUUGCUCUGUGGAGCGCUAUGUGCAGCAGCAUUCUUGGGGCUAACACUUAUGAUUCAAUUUAUACGUUACAUAUUCAUCAAAUUUCGGCUACUAGAAACAUGUUGUAGUUGCUGUGCAUGUGUGAGUCGCGACGCGCCACGUACACGUCAAAUAUACAACAUGUUAGACAACAUUGAACAGUAUAAGAGACUGCAAUUGGAAAAAUUAAGAGAAAACUACGCUGUCCAAGUUCAUCGGAUUAAAGAUAACUGUACGCAGCAAAUGGAAUGGAUACAAAGCAGUUAUUCAACGCAAGCCACACAUCUACGCAACUUCAGAGACAUCGGCUCCAACCAUUUGACUGCAAUGAGGGACCAGUAUUAUGAUCAGGUGAAACGCGUUCGAGAGUAUUCCACGUCGCAGCUUAAUUGGGUCCGGGAGAACUACGUUUUCCAAAGGAACAAGAUCCGAAAGUUCAGCGCUCACCAAAUACUGAGACUGCGCGAAUCUUACAAAUAUCAGCAGCAGACAUUAAACAAGGUGUUGGAAAAUUUGCCCAGCUUAUACUUUGAGAACUGUCGGAGCGGAUCCUGUGGACACAGUGAUUCUAUGCCUUUUGAUCCUGACGUAGAAAUUAUCGACAUGUAUCUUAAGACAAAGAUAGAGAAGUUGGCUCAUCUUCCCAGUCCGAUACCGGACGACGAAAGCAAAGCGUCCGUUUACUACACGCCGACCGAAAGAUCUGUGAAUUCGAGAAGAAAUUCGCCAGUUACGAUUCCAGACGACAUUCACAUAAAUAUAAUUGAACGGGGUCCUCCUAGGUUGAUGGCAAAGAUAAAACCGUUACAGCCGGUUCCGCCACCGACUCUGGAAUCUUCUUCACCGCCCUCGACUUCCAAAUCGGGCUUACAAAUGGGACAAGUGAAAUACAAGCGUGACCGGACUGAAUUCAAACCGUUCAGCGAGCCGCUACUGGGUAGAGAGCGUGAGAGAUGUCAAUUAGCCAUCAGCGCGAGUUCACCGGAACUGAGACAAGUGCAAGUGGAGUGUGAAGUAGAACUGGAACCAAAGAGCGAUGUGAAGCGAGAAAAUAAAGGCGACGCGGGUAAAGGGAAAGAGACGCGCGUACUGCUAGCGGUGGAGUUGGCGCAACCAGAGUGCCAAAUAAAGCAUGCGGCCGGUCAGCUUGUGUGUGGCGAGUGCGCGAAGCUAUGCGAAAACACUCCCUUGUAGUACAGGCUUCUCACGCGCGUGUUUAAGAUCUACGCCGUGUCCGGUCAGACGUUGGCCGUCCAAAAGCCUACCGAUAUCCCGCUCUGUGAUUUCAGCGGCCCAUCGCCGUCCUAUGUAUGAUUCUCAGUGCGCGAUACGUGUCUUGCCCGUUGUCCCCUGGUGAAGAUAGAAUUAUGUUAUCCCAAGUGUGUAGUUGUGAGUUCGCGGAACGUAUCUUGCCCGGUUGAGGUCUCAGCAGUGAUGGGGUCUCGGGUCUUCAGACACCACUUAUAAGUAAGCUGUGAUAGACUAGAUAUGAACGCACGCGCUGGCGUACGUAAAGCAACACCUCCUAGAGGUAGGUUAAGGAUAUUGAAUCUGCUGCCAACCUUAGUGGCGAAAUCGUAACGGUUUUCUAUUUAAGCGUUCUAUGGGUAUCGAAUCAAAUGUGUAAAUAUGUAUAUUUGUUUCGAUUAAUUUUCAUUUUGAUGUAUUUUUAGAAAAUGAAAAUCUUAUAGUAUUAUGCAUUUUAUAUUUGUUCAGACUUAAAGCGUAGUUAAAGGAGGUAUAAGGAAAUUGUUACUGUCUUUGUUGUAAUUGUUGCGAGGUUAGUGUAAAUUGGUGUAUCCUUAUAAGCUGCGAUCUCUAAUGUUGGCUGUCUUUCAUUUAACCAAAAUCUUGUAUACAGAGUCUGAUAUAGUAUUUUUUUUUUUAUAAAAAAAGAACAUUUUAGGUUUAUCAAUACACAUUCAAUAAUUUAAAACAAGUUAACGGUUAUUAUUUACGGUGAUAUGCCAAAAUACUACAAUCCAGCAAUGAUGUUAUUUUAAUUAACGUUUCUUAAUAUGAAAUAAACAUUGUUGAUAAAUUUCUAAAUAUUAUAAACAAGAGUAAAUAUUAAAUCAUGGAGACUAAAUUAUUUUUCAAUGUAAUCUUUCUAGUUUUAUUUGCGUUCCGUGCGAGAACUAAAGAGGCGAGUCGUUAUCUUGUCAACAAAAAUGUCAUUUAGCCGAUUAUGGUAAUUGCCGACUAUUCGUAUUAAUCAGCUUUAUUUACACGUAUCAUGUGAUACAAUCAAAAUGUCUCUAGCCUUCCAUUGUUACGGAAAAUAUUCCAUUGUUACGUUGACAUUAUCCACUAAUCAUGUUUCUUAACUAUUCAGAUACUCAUUGAAAUGUAAAUGACAUUUCAUAACCUCAAACUUUGUUCAAAUUUUAUACACAAUGUAACUAAAAUGUUUCCAAAAGUUUGUACAAAUGGUCAAAAGUAUACAAAUAAAACAAUGACUUAAAUGAAAUAAUUUAUUUGCAAGACUUAUACGGCACAUAACAUCAAUCUAAUACGCAAUAAACUACCAAUAAACAACGAUUGAAGUUUCUAGACUAUUAAAACACUGACAGGAUCAUUUCGUACAGCAAAUAUCUCGUCCGGUACCAAUACAUAGCUGAAAGUUCUAGAAAGCCAUCCUAAGCUUUACAAAAUUGUAACAAAUCACCAUAUAUCCCAAACGAAGUGCCUGUUGACUGACUCAAUGAAUUACAACGAAUAAACACCGUUGAUAUACACACUUAGUCUCUUUUUAUAUCAUAUAAAACAAUAUAACAAUCUAAUUCCAAAUAGAAAACCGUCCAUAGGCAUCUAACAAGGAAAAUAGUUUAUUUUCUGAUAUUUAAAUAAGUAUGGUAUAAAUUCAGACAAUUUCUUAGUACAAAAUAUUUUCAAAGUCCUUUUCAUUUUAUAUUAAAAUAAAAUAAUUUAAUUUUCAUUUUUGUAGUAAACAUAAUUAAGACAAGUAGUUUUUAAGACUAAGGCUCUAAGCCAAUGACAUUAAUUACAUGAUUGUUAAAAAUAUUUUAAUACCUUUUAAUAUAUCUAAACCUAAUGUUAUUAUAUCGUAAUAUUUAACUUAGAAAAUCAAUUUUCCUCAAGAAAACCUAAAUCAUAAUUAAAAGUAUCUAUGGAGCAAAAUAUUAUAUUCUUCCACUAAAAUUAAACUAAAGUACUCUAGCAUUUAGUUCAGUACGUUAAAAUAUUAAAUUAAACUAAUUUUUACGGAU